UGAUCAAGAUCUUGCAUCAAAUAUUUUUCUAUCAAUAUUAAUUUAUGUAUGCGCGCGCUUUCUGUUCGAAAUCAUGUGAUUAAGUUCAGCUGAUUAUAUAGAAGAUGAUAUAUUUUUAAUAUACCGUAUUCAUUGCAAAUUUCAUUCCCUUGGAAACAGAUCAAUUUUCAACCAUGUCAAAUUUUGGUUUUUGAAAUAGUGAAAUUUCCUGUUUAAUUGUAGAAAUUUGCUAGCUGGGUUUUCCCACAUCAUCAAAUUUAUUACUGGGUUUUUCUAAAUCAUCAAAAUGUCAGGAGCAGGUGAAAAAGCAGAGAAAUCAGAGAAAGCAGAGGAAGCAGAACCCGAGAUUCCGGAAGAGGCCUUUCACAUGCGAGGAUCUUUAAUCCACGAACCAACAGGCGAGCCUUGCGAACUGAACAUAUAUGACUACGAGCAUCUGAAUGCCCUGAACACUGAGUUCAUCUACUACAGCACGACGCUGAAGGCGAUUGCUCCAACCAUGUCCAGUGUGUCAAUGCGUGCCAGACUCGUGCCUUGGAUCAAGAAACUGUUUGGACCUGAGUAUCAGGCUUGCUUUUUCCAGGAUAAAAGAAACAAGUAUCUGCUAUACAUGACUCUUAGGAUUCUGACAGAUGAUAUAUCUGGAGUCUUUGAUAACGAUCCACCAUGUGGUGCUUUGGCGCCCAUUGAAGAAUUGGUUGGCGACAAAAAGGGGCCAGCAAAAUGGGAGAAUGAUUCAACAUGGGAGCGACUGCUUGAAGGUCUACCAGCAGAGCGGGCAGUGAUGGGUUGCAGUAUUCAUGAUGAGGAUUGCAACAGUAUACAAGACAAUGAGAACAUGCUGCCUAGUGCCCUUCUCGACCUGGAGUUCAGGUACUUCCUGCACUUGGCUCGGCCCUACGCCGCCCUGCUCAUGAUUCCCGAGGAUAAGGCCAAGGUGGCCGUCUGGAUGCAGACUCUGGCCACCAUCCGCUCCACCGCCUGUCUCGGCAUGAAAGGCAUCCGCAACGACUACAUGCAGACUCUACUUGGAUACAUCCUGGAUUUGAGAGCUACUGGUCCCUUCCAAGAAUUUCCUCCACCUGGUUCCCUGCAGCCUCUCCAGGAAGCAGCCAAAUACUAUGCUCAAAGGCAUCCAUUCACUGAUCCUUCAUCUAGAGAGGCCAAUGAUUUCCUAAUAUCGCAGCCCACGCCUGAGAAUGGAGCAAUGUGCUAUGUCGCCGUCAGUGGCGACAUGGUCGAAACUAAUUUGGUAUCGACAAAACCAGAAGACUAAUAGUUUAUUCCAAUAUUUCAUUAUCAUGCAGUAAAAAUAAAAUUUUGAAUCCAGUCAGA